GCCACACUUCAGGGGCUCACUCGAGAGAGACUAAUCCAAACUGAAUGAACUCACUUAAACUCUCCUCCCCAUUCUCUCCCCCAUCCCGCCCCUUCUCCUUUUCUUCUUCUUCUUCUGCUUUGAGGAGUGACAAAACUUAUCGCGGCUUAGCUUUGAACCCCGGCGGCUCCGUUUCGUCCCCUUUUCGCCGCCCAGCAAGCUUCUCCACACCGCUCGGUCGCCCCCCUUCCGCCCAGCUUUGCAAUAUAAACAAACCAGGCUCAGGGUCUUUAACUGGACCGUCGCACGUGUUCUGCUCUGCGAAGACAAGCCGGGGGCGGGGAGCGAUCGAGAGCACUAAGCAGACCUCCCACCCGGGCCGCAAUGAAAGCGCUCUGCUCUCGCCCGCAGCCAGGACGGGCCGGCUUCGGCACCUGCAGCUCCUUACAGCAAUCUGCCUCUUGGCAAAAGGAGGCGGGCAAAGGGAGAGGAAGAUCUCCGGGUCUGGGAAAUGGAAAUGUGAACUCUUUCCAGCCGACUGUCGGUCUCUGGACGAUACCCGAGCCGCAUUUUCCCCGUGGAGCGAGCUGCCUGCGUCACGUAGGGGUCGCAUUGAAUCCCCAGCCAGGCAGGUCGCGGCAGAAGACUGGACUGCAGCACAGGAAAGCGCUCGAGGUGCCGGGCGGACGGGAACCUCUAGGUGGGGCGUGGACCAGACAGCGCCGGCGGUUGGCUGCCAAUGCCCGGGAAAGGAGGCGCAUGUUGGUGCUCAACUUGGCCUUUGAUCGACUGCGGAGCGUCGUCCCUGCGCUGCGAGGCGAGCGGAAGCUCUCCAAGGCGGAGACUUUGCAGAUGGCUAAAAUCUACAUCUCCAUGCUGAGCGACCUCUUGCAAGGGAUUGAGGGUGGCGCGUCGGGACGAGAAGUUCAGAGUCCCCCAGUUGCGUACCCAGAAGCGACAAAAGUGAUUCGCCCGCCCGCCGCGCCCCGCCACUGAAUCGACUCUUUUAGGGAGCUCCAUAGCCGAUCUCUGCCCCAGCUCCCCCUUGCAAGAACUACAACUAUACUGAGAGACGUUACUAGAUUACUGAUAAAGGGGUGUGUCCUCGAUGAGAAAAGAGACAUCCAGGCUAGGUGGGCGAGCCCAUACGCAGAGAGAACGUGGGAAAGGGAGACGUCUGUAAACGGGGUGUGGGCGGGAAACCUUUCUCGUUUCUGCUGUGAACGGGCGUAGGUAGGGGAGAGGGGGCCGUGUUCACCCCAGUGUCUGGCAGCCCCUCGAGUUAAUGAAGAAGGUAGGGAGCGGGUGGGGCUGGGGGCCACUCAGGGGAGCGGGUUCUUUGAACUCAUCCGCUCAAUUAUAGCUACACCCCUGGUAAAUAUUUUUAGACUUGUGCUUGGAUGACUUUGUAAAAAGAUUGCCAGUCGGCCACUCUUCGAAGGGCAGCUAUGAAGAGCAGAGUUCCUAAGUUUCGUUUAGGUUAUUCUGUAAAGCAGAUGAUCGCUAUAGUGCUUUAAAAAGAGCAAAACAAACAAACCCGAGAAGUUCGGCAAACCCACCCCCUCGCUCGUAAGCCAGUGUAACUUGUUGACUUUGUUUGCAGUUAAUAAAAUAGCAUUUGUGAUAGGUCGUA